UGUUUAAUCUUCCCAAACUGGUACGGAAUAAAUUUUACGGACUUCAUUCCAUACGGGAAACAAUCGUGGUAUAUUUCCACGAUUGAAUUAUUCAAUAAAUGCACAAAAAUAUAUAAAUCCAGUAAGAAUUCUUCGUAUCGACGGGAGAUAUCCGACGGGCGACUGAAAACACGUGCGCACAUUGAAAAACCAACUUAAGUCAUACUUCCACGCGCGAUAACUCAUUAAUUACACGUCGCAUACAUCUAUCAAGCUAAAGUUUAUCCGUGCUGACCGAUAUUAAUUAAACUACCGACUUAUAACCCCGAGAAAACUGAAAAUCGCCACGAGAACCGACCGACAUACAAAACAUGUGCUCACUACUACGCAGCGCACGACGGAACAUAGACCUGCAAUAAUUCCAUAGUAGGGGUGACCCCACCGCCGCAAUACAUUCUCAAUAUGACGUGAAACAUUGUUUUCCUUAUCAUGUGGCGACCGCGCAAGAAACUCAAGUACUUCCUCACGCCGCUGGCAAUUGUCUCCGUCAUCUACAUCGUCUACCAACUGGUGAUAUUCAAUAAACUUACCGUGUACAGCAAUAGCAACAAACCGGUGACGACGAAAGUCCUCGGCACGCACAAGUACCACAUCCGACUCUAUCAGCGCACCGGCCGCAAUCAAUUCCAAUGUCUCUUCAGUCGUGAACUGAUCGACUACGAACUGGUGAAUGAUAAUUAUUGUGAUUGCACAGACGGCACGGACGAGCCAGGAACCAACGCCUGUCCUGGCAAGACCUUUUUCUGUACUUCCCAGGCAACUUACAGGAAUUACAAGAAGAUUAUCAGCUCGAAUAAAGUCAACGACGGCGUCUGCGACUGCUGUGAUGGUUCCGAUGAAUAUUUAAACAAAAAGAUCUCACCUCAUCUAGACCGAAAACUUCAGAUGAAAUUAGGGAGAUACUUGCCUCCUUGUCCAGUUCUAUGUACCUAUGAGGAUGAGUGACAUGGAAAUAGAAAUCUCUUAGUUUUUCACCAAUAAAUCAAAAACUAAUCAAGUUACAAUUCAAACAUUUAAAAUUAUCACUAAACUAUUAAAUUAAAAUACUAUUUUAUAAGUACAAUUGAUUAGUUUGUGAGUUAUGGACAAAAUGCUAUGAAAAUAUAACAUUCUAUAUAAUAUAAGUAAUAAAUUAACGUUUCGUUGCCAAA